CCUCAUCCAAGUUGCACAUAGCUAGGGCUCAACAAGUGAAGCUGCUGAAAACCUACAAGAACACAUGAAGCAACCCAAAGAUGAAUCUUCUAGCACUAUCAACCUUAUUACUGUCCUUUCCUAGGUUUACACCAGGUAAACCUGUCCAGGGAAUCCAGGAAGAGAAGGCCACAGGAGAAACAUAUAUGCAUCAGGAUGAUAUUGUUUACAGACGAAGAACACAGCGAAGUGCCAUGAAAUGCAAUCAGAGAUGUGUUUGGCCUAGAUCGGAAGAUGGGCUGGUCAACAUUCCAAUUAAUGUCUCUACAGAGUUUUCCCUGGAGGAGAGGGCUGUGAUAGCUGAAGCAAUGCAAGAAUUUGUCACGCUGACAUGUAUUCAGUUUAUCAGGCGUUCGACAGAACAUGACUACAUAAACAUUUUCCCUGCAGAUAGAUGCUGGUCUUACUUUGGAAAGAUUGGAGGCAAACAGCAGUUGGGCUUGGCAAAAAAUGGCUGCAUAUAUAAAGGAUUAAUUCAGCAUGAAAUCAACCAUGCCCUGGGUUUCAUACAUGAACAGGCCCGGAACGACCGAGACAAGUAUGUUAAAAUCCACUUGGAGUAUGUCACAGCAGGAGAACAGGGGAAUUUCGAGAAAGUGGACUCUAACAAUCUGGGUCUUCCCUAUGACUAUGGUUCAGUGAUGCAUUAUGGCCCAUACGAUUUUUCUAGUGCUCCCGGGAAAGCAACCAUUGUCCCCAUCCCAAAUGCAUCUGUACCAAUUGGUCAGAGAAUAGGACUCAGCGACCUAGAUGUGAAAAAAAUCAACAAGCUCUACAGAUGCAACUGUUCUAGCACUGUGCUUCGUAAUCCAAGAGGCAACUUCUCCUCUAAUAAUUACCCAUAUUCAUACCCCCCAAAUGUCACAUGCCUAUGGCUGAUCCAAAUCCCAGAAGGAAAGGUCUUCCUGAAGUUUCAUGUUUUGGAUCUCCAGCGCUCUCCAAACUGUGCCUCCGACUACAUCCGAAUUUAUGAUGGAAACAACAGAAAUGCCCGUCUUCUUGUUGACAAGUUAUGUGGAGCGGGGCAGUUGCCGGCGGUGGUGUCUUCUGGAAGCAUGAUGCUUGUGGAGUUCGUGAGUGAUGAGGCUGCUGCAUCCAAGGGUUUCACAGCCUCCUAUGCACAUGUGAUAUGUGGAGGGACUUUCACAAGCAGCCAUGGAGUGGUCACUUCGCCAAACUUCCCAAGAAAAUACCCUCCAAACAAAAAAUGCCUAUGGAUUAUCAGUGCUCCAGCAGGAAGCAGGAUCUCCCUAACGAUGGGCUCCUUUGACCUGGAGGAAGCCACUGGGUGCAACUAUGACAGACUUGUCUUUCGCGAUGGCGGCGACAUCAGCUCUCCGCUUCUUGGCACUUUUUGUGGGAAGACAGAGGUUCCAGCUUUCAAUUCCACUGGGAGCUUUCUACGUAUAGAAUUUUACAGUGACGCCGUUUCUCAAUAUUCCGGGUUUAAGCUGGACUACUCAAUCGUUUUGCCGUCAUGAAGAACAGCCUGCGGGAGGAUUGCCUUCGUCCUGAACUGCGAACGAGGAAGAGGGUGGAAAUUCUGAUGCCAGAUAUUCUUUGCCUCUUGCUGGUGUUGUACUUUGUUUCUUUUUAAAGACUGAUCAGUUUCUCCCAGUAAUGACACAAAUACUCUCAAGUGCAGAAUGCUGAACUUUAUGCCUGAUUUGCCAAAACACCAAGGAGCAAUUGAAGCAGGCAAGGAGAAGUUAUUCUGUGCCGUAUCUCUUCAAUUACUGUACCAUUUUUACUAGCCAUCUGUUGGUGGCACUUUGAACUAUGUAACAAAAGAUGUAAGUAAAGCUUUAAAAGCCCA